GCUUGUAUGGCUGGGCGGACUCUUCCCAAAAUAUUCCGAGAUUUCGAAAUCAGCCAAAGCUUUGCGUCCAGUCCAGUGCAGUCUCACGAGCCGUGAUCGAGUUGUCUUUUCUUCACACAACACCACACCACCAAGAAAACAUCACUGCGAGCUCCAACCCGCGGUCUUUUUAUUCUUGGGCACCGGUUUCCCCCUCUAUCAUCCACCACGCCCUGUCUGGCAUCCUGCGCAGCCAUGUCUUCUACUCGAGCUACCCGCAUCCUACUUCGUCAAUCCAAUCUUGUCGUUCGCCGAAAUGCCUUCAGACAAGCUUCGACUGCCUCAGAAGCAGCUGGCAAGGCUCAGGAAUCUGGCCAGAAGGCAAUCUCCAAGGCUACAGAGGGUCUGAGCCGUGUCACAAGCUCCGCAGGCUCUGCCAUUUCAAAAGCUGGUUCAGCAUUGGGAAAAGUUGGGGGAAGGACGGGCAGAUUCAUUGCCUUUGUUGAAUCAUUAAUACCACCCACCGUCUACUACUCUCGCGUCGCUUUGGAGCUGUCCAAGAUGGUCGCUCGGGGUCAACAAUGGGCACCUCCCUCGCUGGCUCAAUUUCAAUCAUACUUUCAACCUCUGACCAACAUCGUCCGAAACCCUCGAUCCAUCUCCUCCGCCACCAGUUCUCUGACCAACUCCGUCAACCCACAGCAAGCUCUGAGCACCGUCCGAAAUGCCAGUGGCCGACAAGUAGCCACCGUUGGACUCGUCGCCGCUGAGAUCCUCGGCUUUUUCACCGUUGGCGAGAUGAUUGGACGCUUCAAGGUGGUAGGAUAUCACGGCGAACCAGCUCACGAGCAUUAAGAAAAAGUUAUCAGCGGGUGGAAGACUGGGAAACCUACUUUUGCUUGUAGAGGAUAAAUGGAUCUUGUAAUCUUAGGAGUUGACCCCUCGAUCAGGACGAUCAAUACAUAACCCUCAGAUUAACAACCAGUUACCAAGGAAUCUGGACAGCACCGACGUCUGUCCAAUCCUGCAUUGUACGGCCAAACCCACAUUGAUUCUCUGAGAGUCAAUCAGGGUAUCAACCACUACUUAGUUGCUCUCAUCAGUUGUCGCGCUCUCUCCCUCUCUCUUUCUCUCUCUUAUCCCGCACAAGGCAUGGGUUUGAUGAUUGAGUUACAUCUAUCCUGAGAUUGGACCAGGUUGAGAGACCGCGAUCGAUGAUUCGCCCUUGCUCUGACCUCCAAUACUGCGCUGUAUGCCAUUCAGGGACAGUCAACUGGUGCUGCUACUCAGCGACUCACAUUGUUCUCCCAGAUCGAAG